UUUGCGCGGAGAGAAGGGAGACACAGCACAUGUGCUCAGGGCUGCCCUCUUUUGGCGAAGCACCUAGGCCUGGCCCCUCCGGCGACCUGUAGCGCGGCGGAGCAAGCGCAGAAGGUUAGGCGGGCUGCGCGUCGUCAUGGAGCCCGACGGGACCUACGAGCCGGGCUUCGUGGGUAUUCGCUUCUGCCAGGAAUGUAACAACAUGCUAUACCCCAAGGAAGACAAGGAGAACCGCAUUCUGCUCUACGCGUGCCGGAACUGUGAUUACCAGCAGGAGGCCGACAACAGCUGCAUCUAUGUCAACAAGAUCACGCACGAAGUGGACGAACUGACCCAGAUUAUUGCCGACGUGUCCCAGGACCCCACGUUGCCGCGGACCGAGGACCACCCGUGCCAGAAGUGUGGCCACAAGGAGGCUGUGUUCUUCCAGUCACACAGUGCCCGGGCCGAGGACGCCAUGCGUCUGUACUACGUGUGCACGGCCCCACACUGCGGCCACCGCUGGACCGAGUGAUCUCACCUCUCCCCCCGAGUGUAAUUAACACCAGAUUCCAUG